AUGAAUCCAGCAAAUCAUUCCCAAGUGACCACAUUUGUCCUUCUGGGACUGUCUCAGGUAUGGGAGCUUCGGUUAUUCUUCUUCAUUGUUUUCUCAGUGGUGUAUCUUAUUACUGUCACUGGCAAUCUUCUAAUUGUGGCCAUAGUGACCUCUGAUACACGCUUGCACACAACCAUGUAUUUUCUCUUAGGCAAUCUUUCAUUCCUGGAUUUCUGUUAUUCUUCUGUCACGGCACCAAGGAUGCUUGUUGACUUACUCUCAGGCAAUCCCACCAUUUCCUUGGGUGCCUGCUUGACUCAGCUCUUCUUCUUCCACUUCAUUGGAGGCAUCAAGAUCUUCUUGCUGACUGUCAUGGCAUAUGACCGCUACAUCGCCAUUUCCCAGCCCUUACGCUACACACUCCUUAUGAAUCAGACAGUCUGUGGGCUCUUCAUGGCAGCCUCCUGGGUUGGGGGAUUCAUCCACUCCAUUGUGCAGGUUGGGUUGACGAUCCAUCUGCCCUUCUGUGGUCCUGACAAGCUGGAUAACUUCUACUGUGAUGUGCCACAGUUGAUCAAAUUGGCUUGCACUGAUACCUUUGUCCUAGAGUUUCUAAUGGUAUCCAACAAUGGGUUGGUCACCCUGAUGUGUUUUCUGGUGUUGCUGGGGUCUUACACAGCCCUGCUAGUGAUGCUCCGAAGCCACUCCAGGGAGGGUCGCCACAAGGCCCUGUCCACCUGUGCCUCUCACAUUGCUGUGGUGACCUUAAUCUUUGUACCUUGCAUCUACAUCUAUGCCAGGCCUUUUCGGACAUUCCCCAUGGACAAGGCAGUUUCUGUGCUAUAUACAAUGGUUACUCCCAUGCUGAAUCCUGCUAUUUAUACCCUGAGAAAUAAAGAAGUAAUUAUGGCCAUGAAGAAGCUGUUGAGGGGACAGAAGGAUUUUAUUGGUCUUCCAGGGCACUGA